UGAUCUCAAGCAGAGCUAGAGAGGUAAUGACUAGUUAAAUCUGUCAUCAAUCCAACUUAACAAAAGACAUUUCACAUUUUAUUAUACAGUAUUUCAGAGUACUUUCCAGUGUUGAUGUUUGUUGAGUGUCCAGCAGAUGGCGACAAAUCUCCAUUCAAACUGAUGAAGUGAAACAGGAGAGACGCUUUCAUUCAUACAGAGGCUUCAUCAGUCUGAUCACGUGAACGUUAUUACACCUGUACAGCAUCUGGGAGCUUAUAUUUCUGACCAGAGCUUUUUCUUGCGAUCAUGUGUUGUGCCGAAUUCAGGUAGUGACUUCAACGAUGGGGUGAUAAUUUUGCAGACCCCCCGAAAAAUGCGAUUAGCUCCGUAAUCUGUGCAUGACUUCAUGAUGGCUUCAGUCUCCUUUAACAGAAUAAUAACACAACCCAGUAGUCGGAGUUCUGCAUAGUGACUGAUGACUCGAUGAUCGAGUGGGCGGGGCUUCUGUAGUUCAGGUGCGUUCAGACAAGUGCGUUAAGAAGAAAAGACACCGGCUUCAACUGGCUUUCUAGAAAGAUGAUUUAAAAAUAAGAUUGUUACCGACAUGUUAAGACAAACAUGCGAUCCUCUGUGCUUUUACUGCUCGUUGGGAUUUCUCACGCAUUUGCCGGAAAACACUCUCUAAAAUAUUUCUACACUUCUAUGUCUGGAGACGAAACGUUCGCUGCAAUUGGUCUCGUUGAUGACAUUCAGUUUAUGUACUUUGAUAUCAACACAAAGAAAGCUUCACCAAAAACAGAAUGGGUGAGAGAGAUUGAAGAAUCAGAUUACUGGAAAAGUCAGACACAUUCAUUGAUUGAUCAACAUCACUGGAUUUUAAACAACAUCUGGACAGAGUCAGCAGGUGAGCACACAUACCAGAUAACCUAUGGCUGUGAAUGGAACGAUGAAACUGGGAAAACAAAUGCAUUCCGUCAGCAUGGAUAUGAUGGAGAGGAUUUCCUGCUUCUGGAUUUGAAGAGUGAUAAAUGGAUAUCUCCAAUAAAGAAAGAAUUCAAGGCUAAAGAGAGGUGUAACAAUGCAACCAUACGUGUUGCUUACUGGAAAAACUACCUUAAAAUGGAUUGUAUUGAGACUUUGAAGAAGCUCCUGACGCUUGGAAAGAGCAGCCUGGAGAAAACAGUCUCUCCUCAGGUGUCUCUGUUACAGAAGAACUCCUCCUCUCCAGUGUUGUGUCACAUCACACACUUUUAUCCCAGUAAUAUUACAAUCACCUGGAUGAGAAACGGACAAGAGCUUAAGAAUGUGAAGGUUGGGAAUCUUCUUCCCAAUGAGGACGGCACCUUCCAGAAGACUGUGACCCUCCAGACUGAAGCUGAUGAGUGGAGGAAGAAUGAGUUCAGCUGUGUGGUGAAACACCAGAGCAAAACCUUCAGAAAGACUCUGACAGAGAAGGAAAUCAGGACUAAUAAUGAAACAUCUGCUCCGGUUGACAUGACUGUUGUUGUUGUUCCUGUGGUGAUUCUGCUGUCGCUGUUGCUCAUCAUUGCUGUUAUCGGGUAUUUGGUAUAUCAGAGGAAAUUGAAGUCAGGAUAUGUUCCUGCUAAACCGUCUCCCAGUGAAUAUGAAAGCUCAGUUCAGUCAUCAACAGAAGCGUGAGACAUGAGUUACGGUUUAUUGAUCACUGCAGCCAUCUGGAGCAGAUGAGGUGAAGCUGAUUUAAUGUGUGAUUUUGAUCAUUUCAGGAGAUCAGACGGAUGAUCGAGGAGAAUCAUCAGAUCUCACUAAAUCUAUAUUAAUAUUAUGGGAUAUCCUUCAAUGCUUUCAGAAUUAUUACUUUUUAAAAAAUUAUUUA